AACUGCUCAAAUCAGGCUGACUUUCCAGACCGAUAAAACUUCCACCGAACUGAGUGAUGGCGGCCGUCGUGUCUGUUAGCACAGCUGCCAGAGAUGAAAGCACAGACACAGGGCUCAGCUUCGCCCCUCGUCCGCUUCACGAAAACUACGACCUCGCCGCGGACCACGAAACUUGGAUGUCCGGGGACCGCCGGUACCCCGAACUCGAACCGGGCGAGGAGGACUCAGCGUCUGAACGCGAGUGUCAGCGGAGGGUCGACGAGGACUUGACAUCACUGAGCCCCGAAGAGAUUGAGAGCCGCUUGGAGAGGACUCGCCGGGAGUUUUACAACCGUAGAAAAAUAAUCAUAAAGAAUCUGCCCUCCGACGUCAGCAAUCAGGAGGUCCAUGAGCUGUUGGGCAACUAUGACCUCAAGUACUGCUUUGUGGACAAAUACAAGGGCACAGCAUUUGUGACACUGCUCAAUGGGGAACAGGCACAGUGUGCCAUCAAAGACUUCCACCAGCAUGUGCUGCGGGACAGGGAGAUCUCUGUGCAGCUGCAGCCGACAGACGCUCUUCUAUGCAUCGCCAACCUGCCCCGCGCUUUCACCCAGCAGCAGUUUGAGGAGUUGGUGCGACCCUUUGGUAACCUGGAGCGCUGCUUUCUGGUGUACAGCGCCUCCUCGGGGCACUCCAAGGGCUAUGGCUUUGUAGAGUACAUGAAGAAGGACUCAGCCGCCAGGGCUAAGUCGGAGCUGUUAGGGAAACAGCUGGGCUCCCGUAUGCUGUAUGUCCACUGGACUGAAGUGGGCUCCCUCACAUACCCACUGCUGCACUCUAAAUGCCUGUGUGUGGACCGCCUGCCCCCGAGCCUGCUGACAGCCCAAGACCUCCGCAACGCUUUGGCUGACACCCAUGCGCCAGUCUUCUGCCAGUUGGCUCAGGGACAAGAUGGAAGUUUUCGGCGGUUUGCAGUGUUGGAGUUUGCCACAGCUGAGAUGGCCGAGGAGGCGCAGCGACUCACUGAUGGCAGGCUGCUGGGCGGGACACACAUCAGGGUGUCCUUCUGUGCCCCUGGCCCACCUGGAAGAAGCAUGUUGGCUGCUCUGAUUGCUGCCCAGACCAUGGCUGUGAAUAGGGGUAAAGGUCUCCUCCCUGAUCCCACAGCCAUGCAGAUACUUACAGGCCUCAAUAACCCUGCCACCCUCAAGAUGCUGCUCAACCCUCUGUCACAGGGACCCAAACAAGGCCUCCUGGGAGCGGCCCCUACGAUGCCCCUGCUGGCCAACCCCGCCCUCUCUGCCGCCCUGCUCCAGCUGCUCCUUCAGAACCAGGCCAAGGCCCAGCAGCAAGCCUUUCUGGGGAAUCAUCUUCUGUGGGCUCAGGUGCUACACAAUAAAGAAAACCCUCUAGUGGCUUGUCAGGCAGGACUCAUCGGGGAGAAUCCUCUGGCUGCUCUGCCUGUCCAGCAGGGAGUCCAUCUGCUCGGAGACCUGCCCCAAGGUGGUGUAGUCCCCGGUCUUGGUCUUCAGACAGAUCCUCUGGCCCCGCUGAAGCCAAUGCCACUUGGCAGAGCCCUGGUGAGGGAGCAGGAGUCCCCCACAGCAGCAUGCACUUUCCCCCAGACUUCCUCUCCCACCCUGCAGGGCAUCUCCAUGCCCCUGAUGGGUGGCAUGAUGGGGGCAGAUGGCCUCACAGCACAAGGGAUCUCUAUACUAGGAGAUCCUCCCAAAGAUGUGAACCAUCCCCAGAGUGGCUUCCUCAGUGUCAGCAAUGUUUUUCCCUCAGGAGGAAGCUGCAGACCUCACCCCUAUAGGAAGAGGCCGACGUUAAGUAAUGUGUCCAACCAGCAUGCACACCACAGCAUACAGCCUAAUUACAACCUGCGCUACCAGGAUUCCUACAGCCCAGAAUAUCCUCCUCUACAUCAGGAUCCUCUGGCCCACUUGUAUGAACAGCAGGAGAACCUUGAUACUGGAGCUUUGGCAGGAUUUGGUCAGCAGCUCUCUCGUCACCCUGACUACAGCGAGCGGUUUUCCCACUACAGUUACCCUCCCAGCGAACCCAUGUCCUCAUACUUCAGCUCAGGGCCCGAGGCGUCCAGUAACGGCAGCCUCCCUACCACCCAUCUGAACAGGGCUGUGGGAAUGCCACCGGUGAGCCACACCACCAACUACCCCCCAGGCCUGGGGAAUGCUGUAAAGACUCCCAUCGGUAGCCACAAGCGUGUGUUCUCCCGGCUGAUCCCAUCUCCAGAGCCAAGCCCUGAGGGCGGCUACGUGGGCCAGCACUCCCAGGGCCUCGGUGGCCACUACGCAGACUCCUACCUAAAGCGAAAGCGUAUUUUCUAACUACAGCUGAAGGCUUCUUGCUGUAGGAAUAGCCAUUCAGCAGCCAGGACACAAUGGCAUCUCCUCUGGUCUCUUCCAAUGAACUUUAUAGCGUGGUGGUCCUUGGAUUUGUCUCCUGUGUGCUCCUGUGAGUGACCCCUGGAGGGCGCCGGGGAGCGCAGCCUGUAGCUAUCUGGACAGUUGUGUCACUCCAUAGGAAUUCUUGGUGGUUGUAUUUUUUUCUGUUGUGUAUAUAUGAUUUUAGUGUGUUGGUAAAUUAAGUUUUUACUUUCUUUUUUUUAAAAUUUGACUUAAUUUCUUGUUGAAAACGUGUACAGUGAGAAAAAAUGGUUAACUAGCAAAUGAAGUCUUUUCUCUUAAGCAUUUUUUUUUUAUUCCCGUGUUGAGUGUGGUGUAUCGGCAGAGCUACAGAUAGUUUGGCCAGUUUUCAGUGGCAGCUAUAGGCUGCUUUUUAUAUUGUUUGACAUCCCACUCAAGUGAAGCUGUCCACAAUUUCAGGCAAAGGGACUUGGCGUAGUAUUAAAAAAGCUUUACUUUAAAAGGCUCUACUUUUUAAGAGCCUCUCUAACUCCAUGUAAAAAGUUCAGUAGUUUGUGUAAUGAGAUGGUGUUGUGGUGUUUCCCUCCUUCCACAGGGUUGUAUAUUUUGCUCUAUUUCCAGAUUCAGGCCUCGCCUCAUAGGUUAACGCGCAGCUUUCCAUCCACCAAUGAUAGCUGUGUUUACCUGCCUGUGUAUUAUGAAGGUGAAGAUUUUUACUAUACUGGCAUGUUUACUUUUCCACGUUGUUCGUCUUUUGAUCUGCACCCUCCAGCUUGUUUAAGGAGUCUGUUCUCUACACUGGUUGUCGAGUGAUGCACUUGGAGGUCACAAUAUCUGUACUCACCUCUCUGAGAUGCCAUUUUCGAGUCUCCUCUCACUCAUAUAUGUCCAGGAGUUGAAUAUUGUUUGUGUUUUAUGUGCGUUUUGUCUGCUAAGUUAAAAUUUUGAAUGUCUUAAAGUCCAAACACCACACUUCUGGUUGAGUUGGGUGGGUGGGGCGGUGGACAUGCACUGUGUGCCAUCUCUUGAGUCUGGGGAGGUGCUAAUGGAAGCUAGUGGCAGGUGAUUGGUCAAUGACAUGACUGUCCUUGUUUUUCCUUUUUUUUUCUUUUUUUUUUUUCGUAUGAUUAUCUGGUUGACAGUUUGAUUGUGAAAACCCAUUACCUCUGACUUCUGCUAGGAAAUGCAGCUACACUUGAGCCUUAACAGUGUUUUUUUUCUGUGACAUCAUCCUGCCCUGUGUUGGCUUCCAUCUACAUUUACCAUUUCUGUGUUUAUUUGCUGUGUACAUAGUUAAGCUUGAUCAUUUUCCCCUCCCUGAGUCCAAAACUUUUGUUUUCUUUAAUCAUACCUGCUUCCGGUCUGGUGUUUUGAAUGAAUUUGCUGCUUCUCCCGUGUUUUCGUCGUUUGCUUGUACGCUUGACAGCUGAUGUGAUCGAGAGUGGCGCCACAGCAGACCGCUCAUGUUGUGUAUGGACCAAGAGAUGCAGCCGUACUGUAUGAUGAUCAUUCGCUUUGAUCGAUUUGAUUCUAACUGCCAUCUUCUCAUCUGUACCGCCAUGGUUGUCUCUGUAUGUGUGUGACGUGAGCAAGUAAAUGUUAUUGAAACUCA